CGGUGCGGCAGCGAACGGCGUCCGGGCUCCUUCCGCCCUGCCGGCAGCGCCCGGAGGCGGGGAGGCUGCGAGCGCGGCCAUGGUGGGCCCGGGCCCGGGCCCGGGCGGCGGGGCGGCGCUGGAGAACGCGAACCCGCUCAUCUACCGCCGCUCGGGGGAGCGGCCGGUGACGGCGCGGGAGGAGGACGACGAGCUGCCCGACUCCAUCGACGACCGGGAGAUCUUCGAUCUCAUUCGCUCCAUUAACGACCCCGAGCACCCUCUCACCCUGGAGGAGCUGAAUGUCGUCGAGCAGGUGCGCGUGAAGGUGAAUGAUGCAGAAAGCACGGUGGUGGUGGAGUUCACUCCCACCAUUCCUCACUGCAGCAUGGCGACGUUAAUCGGCCUCUCCAUAAAAGUGAAAUUGAUCAGGUCUCUGCCAGAGAGAUUUAAGCUGGAUGUUCAUAUUACACCAGGAACACACGCUUCUGAGCAUGCAGUUAAUAAACAGCUCGCUGAUAAAGAACGUGUAGCAGCUGCUUUGGAAAACUCUCACUUACUGGAAGUGGUGAAUCAGUGUCUGUCUGCUCGAUCAUAAUUGCCUGAUGAGGAAAUCAUUGAAAAUGAAUUCUGCCCGCCUAGAUUUUGGGGAAGAAAGGAAUGCAAAUAUGUGCCGGGGGAAAAACAGAAGGGUGACAAAGCUGCCAACAGAUUGCUUCAACCUGUAUUCCAAAUGGAGAAGGAAUCAGUAAAUUAUGCUUUGUUGAAUCUCUCUGCUUGGCUUUCACCACUACAUAAUAAUAAUAGCGUUAAAUAUUUUAUUGGGAUAUUG